AUGAAUAAUGGACAGCAAACUGCAACAUCGACGUAUCCCUGCCUUUACUGUUUUAUCACUUUAAGCGAAUUGCACACUUUUGGAAAACUGACUGUUGAUGCUGAUAAAGAGGAAUCUAUGGAAAUUGACGAUAAUAUAAUUUUGAAAACAUUCAAAACUUUAAAAGAUGAUUACAAUAAAUUUAAAUGUUUUUGCAAAGAUAAAAAGUAUGCUAAGGAAUGCCACAGUACAGUCAAUAUGCCUCUCUUCUUUUAUGAAAAAGAAUCGGAGUAUAAAGAUGUCGUCAAUGAUGAAGCAGAAGAUGAUAUGAACAUGUACGUUCUUCAGAAAUGUGUUUUGCCUGAACUUCAUCUGUUACAAGGAUUUCCAAACCAUCUAUUCUGGAACGGCAUAGUUCCUGCUGUAGGACGUGAGAAGGCUCUGCUUUGGCCAUCAAAAUUGAAGUUGGCAGCAAAAAAUUAUCAGGGUGAAAUUUUUGAGGGUAAUGCCUGCCGAAAUCUUUUGCAAGAAUCGGAUAAAUUGCUUGAUCCUGAAAUUUACGAGCAUGUUGGUCCGUUUAAGUUACAGCCAUACGUCGCUGCUUUUAAGACAAUGAAUAAAAUGAAGAUAUGA